CCAAGAGAAAAAAAACCCUCCAGAACUACCAAGUUUUUACAGCACAACGGAACGCCAGGUUGAGACAAACUCUUUUCCAAGAGACACCAAACUCAGACCUCUACUCUACUGGAUUUGGGGCUCCUUUUCCGAAUACAGAGGGUUCCACGCGGAUACACUAGCAUCCGGAAACAACAGGAGGUAGCCCAGGGUCGAAGGAUCCGCAGGACAGCAAUGGCGGCUCCGGAGAGGGGCGGGGAUUACAGAGGAUUCAUCCUGCUCUCCAUCCUGCUGGGGACCCAGAGCGAAGCUUGGGCAGGACACAUUCUCUAUUCUGUGCCGGAGGAGACAGACAACGGCUCUUUUGUGGGUAAUGUCGCCAAGGACCUGGGACUGAGCGCUCAGGAGCUGGCGGAGCGCGGAGUCCGCAUCGUCUCCAGAGGUAGGGCGCAGCUUUUCGCUCUGAACCCGCGGAGCGGCAGCCUGGUCACCGCGGGCAGGAUAGACCGGGAGGAGCUCUGCGCUCAGAGCGCGCGCUGUCUGGUGAGUUUUAACAUCCUGGUAGAAAAUAAAAUGAAUCUUUACGCUAUAGAAGUGGAAAUAAUGGAUGUUAAUGACAAUGCUCCUAAGUUCUUGACGGAAGAAAUGAAUGUAAAAAUAAUGGAGAAUACAGCUCCUGGGAUGAGAUUUCCGUUAAAAGAAGCGAGGGAUCCGGAUGUGGGCACGAACUCUCUCCAGAGCUACCAGCUCAAUCCCAAUCGACACUUCUCCCUGGUUGUACAAACUGGAGACGACGGAACUAAAUAUCCGGAGUUAGUGCUGGAGAGGGUGCUGGACCGAGAGGAAGAGGCGAUUCACCACCUCCUCCUCACAGCCUCUGACGGUGGUGACCCACCCUUAUCUGGCACCUCCCUCAUCCAAGUAGCAGUGGUGGACAUAAAUGAUCAUGCACCAAUUUUCUCUUUACCUCAGUACCAAGUAACUGUCCCUGAAAAUGUGCCGGUGGGCACAAUACUGCUCACAGUAAAUGCUAUUGACCUAGACGAGGGACUCAAUGGAGAAGUGACAUACUCUUUUUGGAAAAUGACUCCAAAAAUUCUACAAAUAUUCCAACUGAACUCCCACACGGGAGAAUUAUCAACGUUAGAAGGCCUAGAUUAUGAAGAAUCUAGCUACUAUGAAAUGGAAGUUCAGGCUCAGGACGGUCCUGGUAGUAUGACAAGGGCUAAAGUCCGGAUCACGAUUUUAGAUGUGAAUGACAAUGCCCCAGAACUGACUAUAACAUCGGUAAGCAGCUCAAUCCCUGAAGACACUCCUCCUGGAACAGUAAUUGCUCUUUUCUACUUUCAAGACCGAGAUUCUGGGAAGAAUGGUGAGGUGACCUGCACUAUUUCAGAAAAUCUGCCUUUCAAGUUAGAAAGAUCAAUAGAUAAUUAUUACAGAUUGGUGACAACAAAACAACUAGACCGAGAAAUAUGCUCUGCAUACAAUAUCACACUGAAAACCACAGAUGGUGGAACCCCGCCCUUGUCCACGGAAACUCACAUCUCAGUAAAGGUGGCAGACACUAACGACAACCCACCUUCCUUUCCCCACUCCUCCUACUCUGUCUAUGUCCCUGAGAACAACCCCAGAGGCACCUCCAUCUUCUCUCUGACUGCCCAUGACCCCGACAGCGACGAGAAUGCCCGAGUCACCUACUCCCUGGAUGAAGACACUAUCCAGGGUGCUCCUCUAUCAUCCUAUGUCUCCAUCAACUCUGACACGGGUGUCCUGUAUGCACUGCACUCCUUCGACUAUGAGCAGUUCCGUGACUUGCAGUUGAGAGUGACUGCACAUGACAGCGGGGACCCACAACUCAGCAGCAACGUGUCACUGAGUCUGUUUGUGCUGGACCAAAAUGACAAUGCACCAGAGAUCCUGUACCCCACCAUCCCCACCGACGGCUCCACAGGCGUGGAGCUGGCACCUCGCUCCGCAGAACCUGGCUACCUGGUGACCAAGGUGGUAGCAGUGGACAGAGACUCAGGCCAGAAUGCCUGGCUCUCCUACCGCCUGCUCAAGGCGAGCGAGCCAGGGCUCUUCGUGGUGGGGCUGCACACGGGCGAGGUGCGCACUGCGCGGGCCCUGCUGGACAGAGAUGCACUCAAGCAGAGCCUGGUGGUGGCUGUUCAGGACCACGGCCAGCCCCCUCUCUUGGCCACCGUCACGCUUACUGUGGCCGUGGCCGACAGCAUCCCAGACGUUCUGGCUGACCUGGGCAGCCUGGAGGUCCCACAGGACUCUGAUGCCCCAGCCCUCACUCUGUACCUGGUGGUGGCGGUGGCCACCGUCUCUUGCGUCUUUCUAGCCUUUGUCAUUGUGCUGCUGGUACUCAGGCUUCGGCGCUGGUCCACGUCGCGCCUGCUCCAGGCUUCAGGACGAGGGUUGGAGGGAGUGCCGGCCUCGCACUUUGUGGGUGUGGACAGGGUGCAGGCUUUCCUGCAGACCUACUCCCAUGAGGUAUCCCUCACCUCAGACUCUCGAAAGAGUCACCUGAUCUUCCCACAGCCCAACUAUGCGGACACACUCAUCAGCCAGGAGAGCUGUGAGAAAAAGGAUCCUUUGUUAGCACCCAUAGAUUUUCAAGAAUGUGAGGAUGAAGCCCAAAGUAUUCAGGUGAGUUCAGUCAUUUCAUUUAUGUUUAUAUUCUUGAGGAAUACUAUUUUGUGUAAAUAUUUAUUUUGUGAAGGCAGUGUUUUGAAGAUGUGGUGA